UCGCAAGGUAGAUUCGUCCGCGCGGACAUAACGCAUAUCACGCACAAUAUAGCACAAAAUCGCCUGUUGCAAGUAACAUUUCUUGUCCUUACACAUAUCACGCCCAAGAACAAGGGAUAUUGUGCGUGAUAUGCGUUAUGUCCGGAAGGCUCAAACAUCAUCUUCUUUCAGAUCCGCCUGUAGCGCGAGCUCGCACGCACGUGCUGCCAUCGAAUGUGGCUGCCAGGCAUUGGCCAGCAAGAAUUAAGCCUGUGGUGACAGGCGGUGCAGUCGUCAUUCGGCCCAUCGAUCGCCCAUGGCGGCCGGCAGUAGCGAAGAACUUAGCUACGUCUGGGAGGAGAAUGUGUUUCCCGACGAUCCUCCUCCCGUCCCGACCUACCGCUUCGCCAGACCACGCCACCGACACAAUUUUACAAGAGAAGAUACAGAAGAAAUGAUUGUAUCAAGCAAGCACGCAGGGAUAAUCAUCGGAAGAAAUGGCAGCACGGUCCGGAAGAUCCAGGAUGACACACGUGCGUACAUCACGGUCCUACGUGAUCUUGGUAACGUUGUAGCCACCGUGGAGAUUGCGGGAAGAGAAGAAGCGCGCCGGAAAGCACGAGAACGCAUUGAAAAACUGACACAGCCACCGAAGCUUGAAACGUGCUUCGUGAAAAAAGAACCCGACAUGGAAGAAAAAGUACGACCUCUGACUAACUGGGCCGAGCUGCUCGCGAAAAGUGAUGAAGCAGAACGGACGCGCUGGGCCCACUUACCACCUGUAAGGAAAUAUUUCUACACCGAGGAUCCCAAUGUUGCGCGCAUGACUGCAGAAGACGUACAAAAAUUGAGGGCAGACUAUGAUAUAGUUGUCAAUUAUCUCGGAGCGCAGGCGUGUCCACCCAUAACAACCAAGCCAGUAGAAUCAUUCGAGCAAGCAUUUUCAAAGCAUCCAGAAAUUUUGGGCGAAAUCUACAAGAACAAAUUCCUGAAGCCGACUCCAAUUCAGAGACAAGCCUGGCCACUUCUUCUGCAAGGUCAGGACCUGAUUGGUAUUGCACAGACCGGCACAGGCAAGACACUGGCAUUUCUCUUACCUGCAUUGGUGCACGUCGACAACCAGGAUCUUCCAAGGGAGAAGAGGAAAGGGCCAAGCUGUCUCAUCUUGGCCCCAACACGUGAACUGGCCCAGCAAAUAGAGCGAGAAACAAAGAAAUACAAUUACCGAGGCAUAAAGUCAGUGUGCAUUUAUGGAGGUGGCAAUCGGCGGGAGCAGAUCGCAGCUGUAAAACAAGGUGUGGAGAUAGUAAUCGCGACUCCUGGCCGGCUUAAUGACUUAGCCAUGAACAAGUACAUUGACCUGAAAUACGUGACCUUUCUUGUCAUGGAUGAAGCCGACCGCAUGCUGGACAUGGGCUUUGAGUUGGAAAUAAAGAAGAUUAUGUUGGACAUCAGGCCGGACCGCCAAACGGUAAUGACAAGUGCCACGUGGCCAGAGGACGUGCAUCGUCUGUCUGAAAAGUACACGAGCAACCCAUUCCAAGUCUUUAUUGGCUCACUGGACUUGCAUGCAGUUCACACAGUGACGCAAACUAUCAUUCUUUGUGAAGAGAUUGAGAAAAGACAGCACCUUUUCACUUUCCUCGGCUCCAUGCAGCCUCAAGACAAGGUGAUCAUCUUCCUAAGCACUAAAGCUAUGGUUGACCGCCUUACGGGCGAACUUGUCUUGUCUGGAAUUGACUGUGACUCAAUACAUGGAGAUCGUGAACAAGGAGAUCGAGAAAGAGCGCUUGAUGAUCUAGCAAGCGGAAAGGUGCAAGUUUUGAUCGCUACAGAUGUUGCAGCCCGAGGUUUGGACAUCAAGGACGUGACUCACAUCUUCAACUUUGAUUUUCCCCGCAACAUUGAAGACUACGUUCACCGUGUAGGAAGGACUGGCCGUGCAGGCCGUUUUGGGGAGGCAGUCACCUUGGUGACUCGCGAGAACUGGAUGCACGCCCCCGAACUCAUUCUAAUAUUGGAGGAGGCCAACCAGGCUGUCCCGAAGGCACUUUACGAGAUGGCUGACAGGUACAAGAACAGUCGAUCUAGACGUCAGAACUGCCAGCAGUCCAAAAAAAAAGAAUGAGUCAAGGUAGUAGCGGGUGGCAACGUUGCCAGUGCUAAUAAAGCUUUUUUUGUGUGUG